AUGGCUCCCGUCAAGCGUAGCUAUGACGAAGAAACACAAUGUUCCAGUUGGACCAAUGAACAUCCUGGUUCACCCGUGAAACGUCCUCGCUCAGAACCAUCCCAAACUUUGCCAAACUUCAACAACAGCUCAAUUGAAGUUUCCCUUUCUCCUCCAGCCUCAGAUCACCAUCAAAUCAACUGUCCGUGGUGCUCGGAAUUUUUUGAUGCUCCCGAAGAUGGAGUCUUCUCAGCUCAUAACGCCUUGAAAGAGCAUAUUGCACUUGCACAUCCUCGCAUUGCCAAUCUUUCGGUACGUGAGGAUGAAAUCAAGGAAGAAGAUUCAGAUAUCACUAUGGCAGACCACCAUGACUUGGUGAAUGGUCAUUUGAAAGGGGUUUUGAGUAGUCACGCUGCCGUCACAGCUCCUGCAACAGACGCGGACGUCACUCCUAUUGGAUCACAGACUCCUGAACUUGGCUUGAGUGCUAGAGCUGCCGAAUCUCUUGACAGCAAACUGCAUGACCUCGAACGUCAGCAGGUCCACGCCGCCAACGCAGAAAAGCGCCUGAUGAAAUGCUGGAACUUGCACGAUGCCCGGAAGUUCAAUCCUGACUACGAUAACACUACGGCAGAUCUUGAAGACACUUGGUGCUAUAUCUUCGAUGACUCCAAGUCAACAAACAAGAAGACCAACGGCAAGAAAUUAAUCCGCCCUGAUCCAUAUCUAAGUGACACGACAGAAAAGGGAGGUUUCUUGAAAAUCACUCCUGUGGAUAAAUAUCUCGACACACUCACCAACUUCGAAUCAAUGCCUACCGAUCAACUUCAAGCUGCAGCUCAAAAUGUCUACCAUGCUUUGAAGACUUGGCAAGAUGAGUGGAUGGCCAUUGAAGAUCUCAGCAAAAGAGUCACCACCAAACCCAAAAAGUCCUCCAAUCCCCGCGCAUUGGACCCUCCUGAAGUCUUCCGGGAUAAGAAAGAAGCCAUGCUCUACGGCUACAAGUAUGAUGCUUCGAUUCAUGAACCAAAGAAACGUGAAGCAAACAACAAUGAGACCACUUUCAAGUGUCAAGACCCUUUUGUGCAAGGGGGCUUUAGACCUACUGCAGCUCAGCUACGCAAGAUGCAGACCGAGGUCGGGAAGAACAAUUCGAACCCUGACAACUUCAGGACGAUGACAAGAAAUGGACAGGAGUAUGCUCCUAAAUUCCAAGAUCCACCAUUGAUUCCAUUUGACGCACGAGGAUCAACAAAUCGAAAGCGCAAAUUGCCUCAAGGCGAAAUCGCUGCCCUGAGACAUCCUAGUGUCCACGACAGCACUACAGCUUUUGAAUCCGAUCUUGAUGGUCAGCCUUUCAAGCGUGUCACUCGUUCGGUCAACAAAACAGAAAACCCUCAGACUCAGACUGCACCACCAAGCCCUGGCACGCGUCCUCGUGGUGGAAAGAAACGUAGAGGCCAGAAAGCACAACCUGUCAACAACACUACCAUCACAUCCCAGCCUACUAAUCUCGCUACCAAUGUUGCUUUCCAAACAGUCACUUCGAAUACUGCAGGCACGCCGACUGAUAACACGUUUUCAACUGCCAAUGAAACCGCUCCUUCAUCACGCGCUAUCACCUCUCCACCUGCUGAUGGCAUGACGUCUGUUUCCGGCUCAGAGCAAGCUGACAUCACUCCUGCUCCCAUGCCCGCCCUUGCACCCGCAGCACCGGGAGCACCUCCAGCUCUCGCUACUCUACCUCAAAACCUUGCUGAACCGGGCGAAGUACUCAGUGAAGCAGAACUCAGACGUCGCGACAAAAUUGCGAAUUCCAAGAAUCCACGCCGAACAAUGGCUAUGCUUGAUCACUGGGGCAAAUUUCACAAGGACGGACGAACCCGGAAGCCCAAGCGAACAAAGGAACAAAUGGAAGCCGAUAGACUUGCAGAAGAAGCGCGCAGAGCGAACGGACAAAACCCUCCCAGAAAACGUAGGCGUAAGGCUGCCACUAGUACAGUCGAUAGCGCAGCUACACAACAACAAACUGCAACCGCCUCCACCACGACUAUGGCCACGGCUACUUCAACUACUAAUGCAACCGCAACUGUAACUGCGACUGCGUCAGGAUCAACGAUUAUGUCUCUGCAACCUCUCUCGAUUCAGCCAGCUGCCACGUCAACAUCAAUUGCACCAGUUGCUCCUCCUCCUCUUCCUCCAGCAAGGACUAUGAACCAAGUUUACCCCAUUCCGCUCAAUGAGCCUCCUCGACCUCAACCCUCGCGAAGCUUUCCAUCUUUACAUCCUUUAAUUCCGAUCGCCCCGCCUGAACGUCAGCCAGCCAUGACAUCUUACACUUCCCAGCCAGUCUUGCCUAGUGUUGAUAGAAACACAGCUCCUCCUCGCUGGACUGCUCCUUCUCAGUAUUACACCUACGGCAAUCCGCCACCACCCUCGCCUUAUCACCCAUACGGACAAACUCAAUACCCACCACCUCCGCCUCCGGCUCAACUUCAUCAGCCCCGCCGUGACACGGGUCGCCCUGAGACUAUGCAACCUAGUGCAAACUACCCUUUUGAUGUCCGCCGACCUCGACCUCCUCUUCCACCUCUCCAGAAUCCACCUAGGCCGUGA